AUGAGGGUUGUCCUAGAGAAACCGGUGGCUUGUGCCAUAACGCCUCGAGCUAUAAAGCCUGCGGAUUGCACGGCAAGAGAGCCGUCGUCUGCUGUGACGGUGGCUCCCCGAUCCGCUGGUGGCGAUGGCUCAACGUUCUUUAAAGAUGAUGAGGUUGGAAUUGCAACUGGCCUGGGAUCGGGGGCCAGCGCACCCCUGUGCCUGGGUGCCGGCAACCAGAGAGGCCAGAUGAGUGAAACUAAGUGCCAGCCGCUGGGGUGGCACCAGGAGUCGGAGACCCGUGUGCCCGUGGUGCCAGCACCUGGAGCGAGUGCAGGUGUGCGAGCGCAUAAACGCUACCGGGGAUCAAGCCCGACUAGCUGUCGACCUAACAAGCUCCUGACAGUUAGGGCAGCUACCAGCGGGGUUGAGGGCGUGAGCAAGUCUAUUGUCUUUCAGCAGCAACGCAGGCCUCUUGCUUCUGGCGCUCACAAGCGGACAUCGGCAUUGUUUCGUCUAAUGUUGUGUUCGAGGUCGUUUGAAACAGUUAUUAGUCUUGCUACACAAAGAAAAGAACGAAGGGUGAUUAUUCAGGCCUUGGAUCAGGUUUUGUAUGAAGCAACCGCUCCACAAACGGUGGGACCGGUGGAGGUAGUACAGGCAAACUGUGUCCGCUGGAAGAAAAAGUUCCUAUUUAUGUGUAAAAUCAGUGCCAGUGCCACAACUGGGAUUCUGGAUACUUGCAUUUGCAGGGUGUCUGUACGGAAGGAGUUAAAAGGAGGAAAGGCAUACGCAAAGCUGGGAUUUGCAGAUCUAAAUCUAGCAGAGUUUGCUGGAUCGGGAAAUACCACUCGUCGCUGUUUACUGGAAGGUUAUGAUACCAAAAAUACAAGACAGGACAACUCCAUUCUCAAAGUUUUGAUCAACAUGCAGCUAAUGUCUGGAGACCCAUGCUUUAAAACGCCUCCCUCCACAGCAACGUCCAUAGCAAUUGCUGGAGAAUCAGAAUCUUUGCAUGAAGACAGGAAGGGCGGAGAAAACUUAAAAGUAGUACAUCUGGGCAUAGCAGAUGUCUCAUCAAAGAGCGCCUCGGUCCCAGAUGAACUUGGUGCAUGCGGACAUUCCAGAACAUCAAGCUAUGCAAGUCAGCAGUCAAAACUGUCAGGAUACAGCACGUGUCACUCUAGAUCGUCCAGCCUGUCUGAACUCUGCCACAGGAGGAACACCUCAGUGGGUAGUACCUCAACAGGAAUUGGAAGUAUUCUGGAGCCCUGUGAAGAGACUGAGCCAAAAGUAACUGAAGCUAAUAUUGAUACAUCUGUUAAAGAUGCACCAUCAGAAAAACUCUGCAGACAUCCCGUAAAGCAAGACUCUGUGGAGUCACAGCUGAAGAGGGUUGAUGCUACCAGAGUUGAUGCUGAUGAUAUAGUUGAAACGAUACUCCAGAGUCAAGACUUCAGUUUAGACUCAAGUGCAGAAGAAGAAGGUUUAAGAUUAUUUGUGGGCCCUGGUGGAAGCACUUCUUUUGGAAGCCAUCAUCUACCUAACAGUGUAGGAUCUGGAGCAUAUGAGCAGGUGGUGAUAAAACGCUAGACUAGAAUGACACACGAGGAAAACCUGGAGCUCUGGCAUUGAUACUUCUGGUUUUGUUUGCUCUGUUGCAAGAGUUGUGAAAGCCAAAACGAAAUCAAUGUGACCUUUUUUUGACAAGCAAUGGAAUGCCUCUUGCUCAUCGAGCUGCUGCUUCUGUGGUAUGAAGGCGAUGUUUAGCUAUGUAUACCUUGUGUGAGCACUUGGCCUGUUUUUGUAAACUCUACCUGAUGGUAGUGGAAUUACUUGCUUUUUAAGUUGUGUGAAACGUUUUUGGAAGCACGAUUAAGUGAGUCCCAUUUCAGUAUUUUAUGCAGGAGAUCACUUGUGGCGAUGUACUUUGUUUGUAACUUCUUUACUAAAGAAGCUUCUAAAAGUUGGUCUUAAACGAACCUGAAGAAAUGAAUUACUCAAUUUGAUCCUACCUACCAUUUUAGUCUUACAGAAGCUAAUUACUUCUAUCAAGUCCAAAUUAAUACCACGUCCAAAUUAAGGCCUCCACAAAACAGCCCAGCUAUUUUUUAACAUAAUCAAAUCCUUCUCUUAAGAGUACUGAGCAUAACUUCAUUGUAAGCUUGAACAGUAGAGGUGAACUUCACAUGCAUUUAAAAAAAAAA